AUGAAUUACUAUCAGAAUUUCAAGGCCACACAUAACCUAAUCACUUCAACCUUUAUAAAUUAUUCAUCUGCAUCCCCCAUUGCUGCAAACACAGUCAACAACACUGUCGUCUUGCAAAACAAGCUUCUACAGCGUCUAUACAACAGUCUUUCAUUUCUCAGGUACCAGAUCCCGAACCCUCCACAAGUGGGCCACGAUCUGGAUCAUAGAUUCGCCAAACUCGUGAACAGCCACAGGAUGGAGUCACGAUAUUUAAUUAAUUUACGGAACUACCAGCCCCGGUACUAUGCUGGGUCCCAGGUGUCUGUCUGGCAUCGCUUGCCGGCGGUGAGGAGGUCUUCAGUUCUCGUUCUAUUGUUUUUGGGCAGACAGGGUGAGUUGCGUGUGAUCCUGACAAAGAGAUCGCACAAGCUCAGAAACUUCUCAGGACACAUUUCUCUUCCCGGUGGCAAAGUCGACUAUCCGUUGGAGUCUGAGUUUCAGUGUUCUCGUCGAGAGGCUGAGGAAGAGAUUGGAAUACACCGCGACAACCGGUUCUUGAAAGAGAAGUUUGGGUAUGAGGUCGAGGAACUCAAGGUGAUGCCCACGUAUCUCGCAAGGACACUCCUGGGAGUGUCACCUUGCAUUGCGUUCAUCAACUGGAGCGAGUCCAAGCUAGGCAGCAUCGAAGAUCAGCACAUCGGCAACAUCAUGCUCAAUCCGGGAGAGUCGUCGUCAAUCUUCAGCGUGCCUCUGAAGGACUUCUUGCAGCCUAAACCACGUAGGUACGAGCUCAAGGAGUGUCUCAAACAAUCAUACAUAAAGACCAAAUGGGCAGGUAUUCCAUGGAACUUACGGUCGUUCAUCUUUCCUAUUCACAACGACAAUGAGGUCAGAUGGCUGGAAGAAAUCCAGGAUUUGUCCUCCGAGAGUGAGGACGAGACGCAGGAGGACCACGAGUUUGGCAGGAGGACUUAA